CAUCCAUCACAGUCGCCACCAUUAUUUUAAUUAUUAUUAUUAUUUCUUUUUCACUUGGGUCUCUCUCUGCUCCAGCUGAGUCAGACACCGUUCCGCACCUUGUUUCUUUGGCUUUGCUCUCUCUCUCUUUGUCUCUUGUUUUUACUUGGGUCCCCUCAUUUCUCCGUCGCUUUAUCGCCGAUCGCAGCAGAAUGGAUACCGGCUACGUUCUCAGCGUCGAGCCUCAGGAGCUCCAAUUUCCAUUUGAAUUGAGGAAGCAGAUCUCUUGUUCCCUACACCUGUUAAAUAAGAGCGAAAAUUAUGUGGCUUUCAAGGUUAUGACGACGAAUCCAAAACAGUACCGUGUUAGGCCUAAUGCUGGGGUUGUGCCGCCAAGGUCCACUUGUGAUGUUAUAGUUACAAUGCAAGCACAAACGGAGGCGGCUCCUGAUAUGCAAUGCAAGGACAAGUUUUUACUUCGGAGUGUCGUUGCAAGUCCUGGAGCUACUGCAAAGGAUGUCAAUGCAGAGAUGUUCAAUAAAGAGGCAGGGCAUCAUGUUGAAGAGUGCAAAUUGAAGGUUGUUUAUGUUGCUCCUCCUAGACCACCAUCAUCAGUUCGAGAAGGGUCAGAGGAAGGUUCUUCACCCAGAGCUUCUGUGUCCGACGAUGGGAGCCUGAGCGCCUCUGUACAAACCAGUGUUAUUAAACCCCGUCCGAAAGAUGACCCGGCGAAUGGAUCCGGUGAAAGGCUUUUGACGGCUUUUCCCUCGGGAAUGCCCAGUAAUAUUGGGCCAACACAAUAUAGUUAUGAACAACUAUCAAAAGCAACUGGUUAUUUCUCCAACAAGUACCUCCUUGGCGAAGGUGGUUUUAGUCAAGUAUAUAAGGGUGCCCUACAUGGUGAAAUCCUUGCUAUUAAGAAACUUCGCUAUUUCGAGGAACAGACCAGAGAAGAAUUGGUCCAUGAGAUUGCAGUCAUUAACAGUGUUCGUCAUUGUAAUCUUGUUAAGUUGCUUGGCUACUGCAUUGAAGGAGCCAAUGCAUUGCUUGUUUUAGAGUAUUGUCUCAAUAAAUCCUUGAGAUUUCAUUUACAUGGAGGAGGAAAGGAGAUUUUGGAUUGGCCAACAAGAAUGAAAAUUGCCAGAGGCUCUGCAAAAGGAUUGGAAUAUCUACAUGAGCACUCGUCUCCUAGGAUUAUUCACCGAGAUAUCAAGCCAGAUAACAUUCUUCUUAAUAUCAAUUUUGAACCAAAGAUUGCUGAUUUUGGACUUGCCUUAUUUUUUCCGAAUACUAUCACUCAUAUCUCCAGAUCCAUUGCAGGAACUGAAGUUUAUAUAGAUCCAGAGUAUUCCAGAAGGGUAUCUAGUAACUCAGAUGUCUAUUCUUUCGGCGUGGUGCUUCUAGAACUUAUCACUGGAAGAAAACCUAAAUAUCAAGGCAUUGACAUUGUUUGUUGGGCAAAAGCUCGAAUUAGACAAGCUUUGAAUGGACAAUAUACAGACUUUGUUGAUUCAAAUUUGCAAAGCUAUGAUAGAAGUGAAAUGGAAUGGAUGAUUUCUUGUGCUGCAGUUUGUGUUUAUAAUCCUUUUGAGUCUCGCCCACAAAUGAAAGAGAUAGUUCGAGCUCUUGAAGGAUAUGGUCUUCCAAAGGAUAAGGCUGCAGAGCAAUGUGGAUGGCAAGCUGGUGGUGCUUUGUGCCCAGGAGGCCUAUGUUGCAGCCAAUAUGGCUGGUGUGCUAACACACCUGAAUAUUGUGGCAGUGGCUGCCAAAGCCAAUGUGAUGGUGGAGUUGGUGGUGAAGGUGGCUGCGUAGACCUUGGAUGUGCUAACACACCUGAAUAUUGUGGCAGUGGCUGCCAAAGCCAAUGUGAUGGUGGAGUUGGUGGUGAAGGUGGCUGCGUAGACCUUGGUAGUAUCAUCUCAAGAUCAACGUUUGAGGAGAUGCUUAAACAUAGAAAUGAUGCUGCUUGCCCUGCCAAGGGAUUCUAUACCUAUGACGCUUUUAUAUCAGCAGCCAAAGCAUUUCCAGCCUUCGGCACCACUGGAGAUGUUGAUACAUGUAAAAGGGAGAUUGCUGCAUUCUUUGGCCAGACAUCUCAUGCAACUACAGGAGGGUGGCCAACUGCACCAGAUGGACCAUAUGCUUGGGGAUAUUGCCACAAGGAGGAGCUAAAUCAAGCGUCGUCUUACUGUUCUCCAAGUCCCGCUUAUCCUUGUGCUCCUGGCAAGAAAUAUUACGGUAGAGGUCCCAUCCAACUUUCAUGGAAUUAUAAUUAUGGGCAAUGUGGGCAAGCCUUAGGAUUAGACCUAUUGAACAAUCCAGACCUUGUAGCGACAGAUCGAGUCAUUUCUUUCAAGGCAGCAAUUUGGUUCUGGAUGACUCCACAAUUUCCAAAGCCCUCUUGUCAUGACGUCAUCACUGGACAAUGGUCACCCACCGGCCACGAUAUUUCAGCUGGAAGAGCUCCAGGUUAUGGUGUGAUAACAAACAUCAUCAAUGGUGGUCUUGAAUGUGGUAGGGGUUGGGAUGCUAGGGUUGAAGAUCGUAUUGGGUUUUAUAAGAGAUACUGUGAUAUGUUCGGAGUUGGCUAUGGCAGCAAUCUUGACUGCUACAAUCAAAAGCCAUUCGGAUUAGGGUGAGCACUAUUCGGUUUGAAUCGAAUAAAUCGAAUCGAAUCGUCAUAAUUCGAUAAUUUAGUUUAAUUUUUAAGGUAAUUCAGAUAGGUUCGGUUUUAGAUUUUAAAAAUUUAUGUUAUUUUGGUUCGAUUCGGUUUGAUUUUGAAGAGAAAAAAUCGAUUGAAUUGAACUAAAUCGAAUUAUUUUAUUAAUUUUUAAAUUACUUUUUUUAUAGGAAAUUUAUGUAUUAUAUAUAUUAUUGUAUAUACAAAUUAUUUGAUUUCAUUGAUUAAUGAUUAUUAGAGUUAAA